AGAUUCAUGUGCUUGGCUCAAUUAUUUAAGCGUAAACUCACACAGUUACAGACGUUCAGGCCUGAGAUGAGUAAACGGAGGCUUUGGAGCAUUCUGGAAUAUUUAUUGAUAACAGGUAUUUGUGUGUAACCGCUGUUGGACCUGAAACCGGAGCUGUUCCAUCCCCUUCUCUGAUGCUGGUGCUUCUCUCUGCCUGUGCGUGAGCUCAGGUUCAUGCUCUUCCUGACCACAGACAUGUGAUGAAUCAGCUCCAGCUCCUCUGUGCAGCGAACCUGCAUCCGCUGCUCCAGGCUGCGACCUGAGGAAGCUCCGCCCUUCACUGGUCACCGGCCGGCGGACGACCAGCUCUGUCACCACCCCGUUUGCCUCAGGACUCUGUUGUUGUUGUUGUUGUUGUUGCUCCGUGACUGAAAAUAUGCCACCACACAAAGGCGCUUCAGCAUCAAAGCUGGAAAUAAGGAACGACCCGGGGGAAAUACUGUAAAUACACAGGAAAUGGGGGGAAGUUUCCUUUCCUCAUAAACGCUGACUAAGCAGCUCAUCCCUGUGAAGCAGCAGUGGCUUUAAUUCAGUCUGAUUAUUUCUACAGUGCUCAUUAUUACUGAUAAAGAGGUGUCAGAGGUCUCAGGAGGUGAUGGAGCCAGUGAAAACACAGCAGCGGGUUUCAUUUCAGAGGUUCAUUGUGUUUCCUGGUCGUCUUCGACGCACGUGGAGGCGAAGGAGCUUUUCCUGAGCUCAGGAUCCCGCGGGGACUUGGAUGUGGGUGUUAUCUGUGGACGGGCCUCCAGCAGGAGCUGCUGGAGUCUUCAUGCUCAUAGACGGAGGACGCUACACCUUGAACUUCAGCGCCGCCACAGCCGCCUGCCUCUCGCUGAACGUCACCAUGGCAACCAGAGCCCAGAUGGAGCGGGCGGUACAGCAGGGACUGGAGACGUGCAAAUUUGGUUGGAUUCACGAGCGGAUUGCAGUCGUCCCCCGACUUAAAUCUGACCACAACUGUGGACAAGGCAAAACCGGGCUGGUGCUGUGGUUUGCAGCCGAAGACAAAAAGUUUGCCGUUUACUGCUUCCGUGCAUCAGAUUUGGAGGAAACUCCACAAACAUCAACAUCCCAACCACAAACCUUCAUGUUCUCCACCAGGCGGGCGGCGCCGACCCAAACCUCAGCGCCCACAGCCCCACUUACAUCAGCACCGCCGACUGCAGCCACAGCCCCCACCCUCCUGCUGGGAGCGACCCGUUCACACGGCACCGCCCCUGCUCCUGAACCCCCCUCCACCCACGUCCCUGCCCCUGAACCCCCCUCCACCCACGUCCCUGCUCCUGAACCCCCCUCCACCCACGUCCCUGCUCCUGAACCCCCCUCCACCCACGUCCCUGCUCCUGAACCCCCCUCCACCCACGCCCCUGCCCCUGAACCCCCCUCCACCCACGUCCCUGCUCCUGAACCCCCCUCCACCCACGUCCCUGCUCCUGAACCCCCCUCCACCCACGUCCCUGCUCCUGAACCCCCCUCCACCCACGUCCCUGCCCCUGAACCCCCCUCCACCCACGUCCCUGCUCCUGAACCCCCCUCCACCCACGCCCCUGCCCCUGAACCCCCCUCCACCCACGUCCCUGCAUCCCUGCGCUUCUUCAGCUCCAGACCCGUCUCCUCUGCCGCUGGAGUCCGUCCUCAGCCUGUGAACUCUGCAGAGCGCUCUUCAGCAGCUCUGCUUUCAGGCCUUGUGGUCGGUGGUGUCGUCCUCCUGCUCCUCACAGCAGCCGCCGCCUGGCUCCACAAACGGAGAGUUUGGGCCUGGUCUCAGCCGGCGCAGAGGGAAGCCACAGAGAUGUGGAAGCACAUGGACGACGGGAUGGACGUGAGUCAGAGCGAGGAGGAGGAAGAGGAAGAGGAGGAGGAGGAGGCUUUGGACAGGAGGUUCUCCAGUGAGGUCCAGCUCUGUGUGAACCCUCGCAUCCAGACAGAGUAGUUCAUGGUUCAGUACAAGUCUGCUACUGGAGGAAAGUCAAACCUUUACUGGUUUAUAAAUCUCAUAGAUUCUCAGAGAUUUGACACUCAAGUUGUUAAUUUCAUUUCUGGUCUUUAGAUGAAUGUGAUUUAAAGCUUAAUAACAGAACAUUAUGAACAUUAAAUAAUCAAUCAAUUAUGCAUCGAA